AUGCUUGUAUCUCCAUGGCGUCUCAUGUUAUCUACGCAAGCCAAUCUCUUUCUGGGAACCAGACAAUUACCUCUCCAAGUGGCAUUUUUGAGCUGGGUUUCUUCACACCAGAAGGAACCAUCUGGUGGCACGCACACAAUGACACUGGCUGGAGCCACAGUUCAUGGCGCAAUAUUUGUGUAUCCAAAACGUGGAGCUGGCUAUCCUUUUCCCAAGCCUCGUGAAGAAGAGGAUAAGGCAUUGGGUGAUAUAGUUGUGGAUGGUAUGGUUGGGGAUAAUACAAAUGAGAUGGCGGCUGAUAUAAAUAAGGAUGAUGCUAAUAAGUCGGAUACUGAUGUGAAGAUGGAGUCUGCUGGGAAGGUGACUGAUGCUGGGAGGGAGAACGAUGUUGGUUGGAUGAAUGCUGCUGAGAGGAUGAACAUUGCCACUGGGAGGGUGAUUGCUCUUGUGAGGAAGACUGUUGAUGUGUAG